AUGUCAUAAUUUCACUUUAAACAAAAAUGGUUUGAAAUUCUUGUCAAUCCGUCAAAAUUUUCAAAUACUUUCAAAAUUCUCAGUGAUGUAUAAGUUAACAAAAACCCUUUCAAAUACAUAUUCAUCAGUUUCUCUCCAUGCCAUAAAGUCAGUACAGAAACACAUACAAAGCUCCUCGCAGGGAAAUCUUCUCAAAAAGAAAAAAUCAUUACCCAGUUUUUCUCAAGUUCCAUUCGGGCAGUUGGUAGAUAAAGUAUUGAAGAGAGGUGUUUCAAAUUAUACAAUUCAUCCAGAAAAACUGAAACAGAUCAUGAAAGCAAAUGAAAGUCAAACACUGUGCAACUUUUUUGGAUCAGCAGAAUAUCAAAAACGAUUGCGACAAAUUAUGGAAAAUCAAAAGAGAUUACUAUCAGAAAGUUCUCCAGCUGGUAUACCAGAGUCCCAAAUAAAAUACGAACAUAUCAUCAACUGUGCUCAACCUGUGAUAAACCUUAAGAAUGAAGUGAAAAAUGAGAAACCCCAAGAAGAAGUAAUAACACUUCUAGAAAAGAAGAAAAAGAAAAAACCUAUUCGAACUACUAUUAUGUCAGUAAUAUUGAAAAAGAAGAGAAAGGAACAAGAGGAAUUGAUUGCCAGGAGAGGCCAUUCAACUAUUAUGCCUUUAGUAAUGCAAUCUAAAAUGAGAAAUAAGGAAAUGAAAAAGAAAUUCAGACGAAGAACUACGAUACUACCUAUUUUUUUGCAAAAAAUGGAACAGAUUAAAGAAAAAAAUGAAGCAGGCACCGAUAAGCCAGGUGACGAACACCUCAAUAGUUUUUAUAAAAUAAAAAAAUUAACUGCUCCAAAAUCUCAGAAGAAAACUGAACUAUGUAACUACAAAAAUGAUAAUUCACUGACACAUAAUAUCGAUUCAGAUGGAAUCCAGGACUCUUCAGGACUUGUAGAAAAAUUAAUAAAAAGUCACAUAAACUCAUCUUCUAAAGAUGGAGAAAUACAUACUGAAAAAGUCAUACGCUCAAACAAAUAUUCAGACAUGAAUUUUCGCGAAGAUGACAUUUCAAAUGAACAAGAAACUACCAAAAUUGUGGUAGAGGACUGCCAACCCAAUCCACAAGGUAUGAACCAUAGCCACUCUUCAUAUGAAGUUCCUAAAAAUACCGAAACUAUACCUGAAAAAAGAAAGGUAAAUAAAAAGGCUUUCUGGAGAGAAUUUAUGAAGAAAUGGAAACGAUCUUCUAGAGGAAAGCUACUGAAACAAGAAGUUAGUAAAUCGUGCGAAAUGAACCUGCCAAUGGAGAACACUCAAUAUGAAAUUGAUCCUAGCCUUGUUGAUGUUAUAGACGUCAGUCACAUUCGUAGUAGUAGCAGCUCACCUCGCCAUGUGUUACAAGAAUUUCCUAAAAAAGUUUCUAAACCUGAAAUAUCCAAUCUUUUUACCAGAAUGAAAGAAGGGAGUAAUGAUACACCUUUGCAACCUGUUGAAGAUGAACCAUACUCUAAAAGGCGAAUAUCUACAUGUUUAAUGACACCAUCUAUCAGUUUUUCCCCAAGUUCGACCUACAAGACUGUGUGUGAAGGCAAAGAAAGGAAAAAACAGAUUCUGAAGAACAAUUUUUUAGGCGAAGUCGAUUUCUGGAAAAGAUCCGUAUUUGAAAAUCCACACACAAUAUCUACAAAAAAGAAGAGAAAAAGCGGAAUUGUCUAAAUACUGGCACUCAAACCAAAACACUUCCCUCUACUGGAGAUAAAGUAACCAACCUAUAAUUGAGAUAUUUAAUAAGUCUACCAAAAACUACACCAGAAGGAUACAGAGUAUUGCUUUACUCGGUCAAAGACAAUGACCCCACAAAAAUGGUU